CUCGCCAAUCCCCAUUUGGCCAUUUCCCACAAACCCCAGUCCCCUAGCUGCGCCAACCCCAACCACUCCGGCAUUCCGCCCGCGUCGAAGCUUCGAGGAGCUAGGGCUUCCCAUCCGAUGGCCGCCGUGAAGCCCUCGCCGCCGCCGUUGCCGGCGGGGACCGUCGUCGUGGUGCUCGCGCUCGUGCGCGUCGUCCUCGCCCUGACGCUGGCGCUCGGCCGCGUCCUCCUCGUCGCGGCCGAAGCGCUCCCCUACCUGGUCUUCGCGACCCUGUGGGUUAUCUCCGCGGCCGCGGCUACCAAGGUGGCGGGGGGCCGCGCCUGGGCCGAGGGCUCCGCCCCCGCCGUGUUUCUCCAGGCGCUCACAGGUGUGGUUCUGAAGGCCAGCUUCCUUGUCUUGCAAGCGCUUGGCGCCGUCAUGCUGUGCGGCCAGUUCCUGCUCUACGUGGCUGCGGCUGUAUCUGGAUCCGGUUCAGAGUUCCUAAAGAGAGCACAUGGAGCUUUCAACCAGGAGUUGAUUAGGGGCGUUCCACCCCGCACCGCAGUCCUUGGAACGUUCGCGUCAACGCCCUUCAUCCUGCUAAUUUUAGCUGGUUCUCUGGUGGAAUGCAUGAUGUCGAAAAAGAUUGGUUCUGUGAUUGUGGAUGUGGGGAUAUUUGGCUCCAGUGCGAUACCUUGCUUUGUGGUCAUUCCAGCUGUAGUACUGAGUAACUGGAGGGAGGACCAGAUGUCAAAGAAAAACAUGACUCACGUUGCAGACUGUUGAGACAUAACACUGAAUGGAAGGUGUGAAUAUGGGCAAGGCAAAUCACAAGAGCUGACUCUUUGCUGAAGUUUAUGGCCGCUGAUGAGUUCUGGGUUAUAGUUACCAGUAGUCAUGACUGUAGAUUGGUCCACUGCUAGUAUUUGUAUACUCCACUUGCUGGGAGCUCCUGUAAUUCGACAUCGUAGUGUUCUAGUGUUUGCUUGCUGCUGGGAGGUCCGGGGUACGAGACCGGAUAACGAGGGGUAUAAAUAACACCCUCCCGGAGGAGAAUGCUUUUCUAGGCAUGUAGAAUUUGUCAUGUUUGGAGGAGAAUGCUUUUUCUAGGCAUGUAGAAUUUUUCAUGUUUGCACUUAUGCUGGAUGACUAUACUACUCCAGUAUUUCUUUGCAAGUCAA